AUGCAGAAACUGCAUUUGUCUCUCCUCUUCCUCAUCGUAACAUGUCUCGUCUUCAACUCUGUUUCACCAUCAGUCACAAACAGCAGCCAGCCUGACAUCAUCGACGACACCAGUAGCAUCAUCGAUGGCGUCAUCGGAAUAAUAUCCGACGCCGGAGAUGAGAUUCUCAGCUUCGUCGACGAGAGGCUCCAGAUCAUAUACCCGGUGAUCCAAAAUUACCGAGUUUUCUUCUGUGACACCCCUCCCGACAAGGGCCCCGCCAUAGCCGUAGCUUCCAUCGAUUUCAAUGGCUUCCAGCUCUCGGCUCCUUCCAUUGAAGGGUUUCUUGAUCAGCUUCCAGAUGUAGCUCUCUUUCACGCCAAUUCCAACAACUUCGGAGGCAUUGUACCUCCCAAGAUCGCGGAGCUCAAGUACCUCUACGAGUUUGACAUCAGCAACAACAGAUUCUCCGGUCCGUUUCCGACAGCGGUUCUCGGUAUGCCCGGUUUAACGUUCUUAGACAUCCGGUUCAACCAAUUCUCCGGCUCAAUCCCUCCCCAAAUCUUCGCUCAAGACCUCGACGUUCUCUUCAUCAACGACAAUGAAUUCACUGCAACAUUGCCCGAAACGAUCGGAGAAACCCACAUUCAGUACUUGACGUUAGCCAACAACAAGUUCAACGGUCCAAUCCCGAGAGGGAUACUUAGGACAAUGUCGAAAGUAACCGAGAUUCUGUUCCUGAACAACGACUUGACCGGUUGUUUACCAUACGAAAUCGGGUUCUUGAAAGAGGCAAGAGUCUUCGACGUGGGACAGAACAGAUUAACGGGCCCUUUACCGACAUCUUUGACGUGUUUGGAGAAAGCCGAGCAGCUAAAUUUCGCCGGGAACUCGUUGUUCGGGACGGUGCCCGAGACAGCGUGUGUUCUUCGGAAUCUGGCGAAUUUCUCGUUGUCUGAUAAUUAUUUCACGAGGGUUGGACCGUUUUGCAGGAUCUUGAUCCGUAAAGGUGUUCUUGACGUAAGGAACAACUGUAUCCCUUUGCUUCCGAACCAGAGAUCGGUCAAGGAAUGUGUAGAUUUCCUUGCAAAACCAAAGUACUGUUCCCACAUGUGGUUUCCCAGUUCUGUUCCUCGUAAAUUCUCUUCUUCAUCUUCUUCUUCUGAUGCUUGGACGCCAUUGUUGCCCCCUUCACCUUGAUGUAUGUAUUCGAUGAAUCAGAUUCAUGGAAGAUCUGUUCGCAUGCAGUCAUUUUCAAAAUGCUACCAUAUUGCUAGAACCGUUUUUUUUCACGAGGGAUAAUGUUUCUUGGAAUAAGGUUGCGUUAAAUUAUAUCUGCUUUAUUUUGUUAA